AUGCUCAGGCAUUACGCAAACUGGCAGUGCGAUGAUUCACUUGUAGCAGUACUAGGCUACAAUCCGCCGUUUCAGGUGAAGCUAUUCAGCUUCUUUGAGGAACUUGCUGAGCCCGUGCGAAAGUUGGCGCAGACGGCCUGGCGGUCUAGAGGAAAACUGGUGCACGAUGUGAAGGCGUAUGUGCUUCUCUUCACCAGCAUGGUUUGUUCCAUGCCUGCUCGCGUGUUCCGGGUGAUUCAAAAUCCAAAGCUGCAUGCUCUACUGGCAGAGGAGGAGGAUCCACAGGCGCUAGCGGCUGUGGUGGCUGGAACUGGAGGUGCGCUUUGCUUGGGCUCCGUGGGUGCUGUGAUUGGAGUUACUGUCGGCGCUGCAGUGGGACUAUGCGUUGGAGCUGUUCCUGCGCUUUUUACCUUUGGCUUGUCGCUGCCAUUGGGAGCUCUGUUAGGUGGAUCUGGCGGACUUUUGGCUGGGGCUUUGACAGGAAGCUCUGCUGGGUUCGUUGGUGGUGCGACGAGCGGCACUUUCGUGGCUUACUUCCGAUCCGAGAUCAGGCUCGCAGCUGUCUUUGUCAGUGCCAAAGUCUAUGACAUCUACCAUGUCAUAGUCGUGCGACCUACCAAUGUCGUGAAGGCAGCAAAUCGCAAAGUCCGCGAUGGUGUGCAUGCGUCUACCGCCUACACGCAGGAGAAGGCGAGGGCGACUGCGGACUUUGUGAAGACUGCAUCUGCAAAUCGACAUGUCCAGGUAUCCGCAGCAGGUGCCGGCUUCGGAGCUGCUGCGAUGGGCACUGCUGGGGCGGCAACAGGUGCUUGCGUUGGGGGCACGGUAGGGGCUUUGGUCGGACUGGUGCCGGCAGUGUUCACCUUUGGUCUCUCCAUUCCCAUCGGUGCCGCUGUCGGUGGCUCGACCGGCCUUAUGGUGGGCGGAGCCGCUGGCUGCAGCAUGGGGUUUGCAGGCAGCUCGCAAUGUGCACACCUUGCUGUGCCAUCUUUGUGUUGCCCUCUAUGCUGCUGGGCUCAUCUGGGAAAAGGCAUCCAGCACACCCCCUGUUCAAUCAUCCUAGAAUGUCGGCACCCUUCGAAUGGACGCCAGGCCAAAUGUCCAGCCUCAAACGCACCCAUCUCCUGCUCCUUAAGCUAUGAGUAG